CAUUUUUUACUAUAGAAAUCUCGUCAAAAUUUGUUUAUAUUUUCAUUGCAAAUAUUGUUUUGUUUGUUUAAAAAAGUGUUUAAAAUAUUCUAAAAAUAGAUUAAUAAUAUCUGUAUUUGUGUAUAUAAUAAUGUUAAGAUGAAUUCAUUGCGUGAUAGCUUAGCUAGUAUACCGGGUGCGGUUACAAAUUUUAUCAGUGACACAGCAUCGGUAGCCUCCAGUUAUAUACCCAUUAAUGUGGGAUUUCAAGGACAAAAUGAUACUACAUCCACAGAUUCCACCACCGAAUCUCUUAAUAGUUUUAAUGAAAUGGACAGUAGUUCAACGGGAGCAGUUUUAAUAAGUGAAAAAUCUUUACCCAUACCAGCGUCAUUGGUCAAAGAACAAUGGCGUUUGAUAUUUACCUCCGAUGCUAGUGAACAAGAUCUUAUGGAGGCCAUAAAUCAUUGUAAAGAUUUGGUUUUAAUAUCCGAGGAAAAUAGUGAAGAACGUCGUUGGUUGGUUAGGCAUUUAGUGGAUUUGCGAUAUUCUUUGGAAGAAUUGUUGGAGGCCAAAAAUGAUAAAGUGGAAGUGGGUCCUUCGGUAAAAACCGUGGUGGGUCAUCACUUUGCGGCCCGUCAGAAAGGGGUGGGCAAAGGUUUGCCCCUACCCACAGCACGCAAUUAUUGUGAUCAUUGUACGGGCAUAAUUUGGAGUGUAGUACAGGCUUCCUAUCAGUGCUCCGAUUGUCGUUAUAUGGUACAUCAGAAAUGCAUAGACAGUGUGGUGAGAGUAUGUGCUCAUGUUAUAGCAUCCGAAAGACAAUAUCCUAUUUUAGACAUUUGUCCCGAAAUUGGUUUAGCAGCCCAACGAUAUAAGUGCACUGAAUGUCGCACUUUAUUAAAUUUUACUCCCCACUACACCACACAAUGUUUUGGCAAAAGAACCAAACAUGAAAAUUCUUGGAUUGAACCUCGCUUAUGCGAUUACACUGGUUUAUACUAUUGUCCUUCUUGUCAUUGGAACGAUUCGUGUAUUAUUCCCGCCCGUGUUGUUCACAAUUGGGAUUUUGUUCCACGCAAAGUGUCUCGUUCAGCUUUACAGGAAAUUCAACUAUUUCUCGAUAAACCCUUAAUACGUCUUGAAGAUGUCAAUCCCAAAUUGUUUGUUUUCUUGGAGAAAUUAGCUUCAUUGAAAAAAUUACGACAAAAUUUGGUAUAUAUGCGUAAAUAUUUGUCUGAAUGUCGCCAGGCCGUUGAGGAAAAGUUAUUGGAAACGCAAAUUGGUUUACGUCGACAUCUCAUACAAUCAAAUGAAUUCUAUUCUAUUAACGAUUUGGAACAGGCUGAAAAUGGUACAUUAGGUGAAAAUUUACAUAAAGUUUACAAUUGUUUCGACAAACAUAUACGCAAUUGCUCAAUGUGUACUGCUAAAGCAUAUAUUUGUGAAAUUUGCAGUAAUAAUGAAGUAAUAUUUCCAUUUGAUGAUGGUUGUAUUAUAUGUGAUAAAUGUAAUUCUAUAUAUCAUCGUGUUUGUAUGACGAGAAAAAAUAUGAUAUGUCCUAAGUGUGUACGUGUUCAGGAACGUCGCUUACAAAGAGAAUUAACAAUGGAAAAACAUCGAAAUACCAAUGAUCCAGAUAUGAUUUUAAGUGACGAUAAUGAUGGUAAUGAGGACAAUUAAGGGUGCAAUUAAUAUGAUUUAUGUUAUUUUAAAGGUAAAAUACUAUUUUAUUAGGUUUAAAAAUGACUAUGUAUAUACAAUUAUAUUAUUUUCUAAUAAACAAAAAUAUAUUUUUAAUAAAAUGACA